AUGUCUGACCAGCCGCCCUCGCCUGAUCCCCAUCCAAAUGAGUCUCGUGCCGUGCCCUCUGCACCUGAGACACCUUCACCCGAUGUUGAGAAUCCUACGAUAGAGACAAGUUCGCCCAAUGACGACCAUGCAGAUACCCCUCUUGAGAGAUCGCCUUCUCGGGACGAUCAAGAGCACCCCUCAUCUUCGCCUGCUUUGAAUGACCCUGUCCCGACGUCCAACGACUCAGAAUCAGCACCACCUUUGCCCGACGAAGUGCCUCCUCCACUUCCUGAUGAGGCACCACCUGGAAAAGCCGAGGACGACGGAUGGGAGCCCGUCUGGGAUGCAACGUCACAAGCCUUCUAUUUCUUCAACCGAUUCACCGGUCUUACCCAGUGGGAAAAUCCCCGAGUGCCUGAAGGCGCAGCUCCCGGCACUGAGAGUGCCAGCGCCAGCGCAGCCGGAGCCCCGAAAGCCCUCGAGGAAAAGGCCCCAGUGCUGGGGGGUUACAAUCCCGCUAUUCAUGGUGAUUACGACCCGAAUGCCUCUUAUGCGCAGCAGCAUGAGCAAUUGUCUCAAGAGACAGGUGGAUCAGCAGUCGAUGCUGCGGCCGCAUACGCCGCGACCGGCACAUUCAAUCGGUUCACCGGUCGCUGGCAGGCCGAUGCAAACCUCCCAGAGAAUUACAAUGAUGAGAAUAAGGCGAGGCGGCAAAUGAACGCAUUCUUCGAUGUCGACGCGGCGGCAAACAGUCACGAUGGACGAAGUCUCAAGGCUGAGCGCAGUGGGAAGAAGCUGAGCAAGAAGGAAUUGAAGAUGUUCAAGGAAAAGCGCCGGGAAAAGAAAGAAGAAAAGCGCAGAGCUUGGCUUCGGGAUUGA